AUGUUAAAGAAAACCUACUUAUUAAAUAUUAUUUUUUUAUGUUUUGUGUGUUAUGCACAAAGUCAAAGCUCGAGUUUAUCGACAAAUAGUUCAUUUACUACAAUAACAUCAACAACAAUGACUGAAGCAAAUAAUAUUCUAACAAGUUCAAUAUUAUCAGUAACCUCAGAUGCAAUUCAAUCUUCUACAAUAAAUUCAAAUAAUAUGACUUCAUCGAUGACUUAUGCAUCUUCUUUAGUAACUACGAUGCCCAUCGGAAUUAUUAACGAUACUAAUGUUGAAGCAAAUGUAUCAGACUUCGUGGUGAAUUCAUUCAACUUAUCAAAUUUUAAUAUUAUAGUAACAAAUAUUCAAAUCUUAUCUAAAACGAAAACUAUUUCAUAUGUGAAUCAAUAUAAUAUGUUAGUUAAUAUUUUAUUUACAAGUACACGAAAUGAUUGCAAUGUAACUUGUAUAUACAAUUCACAGAUGAUACAAGCAAAUAAUUUUUCUUUACCAACAACUAAUGGUAGUCUGGUAGAUGUAUAUUCUGAUUCAGGGUCAUUAUUAGAAACUGUUUUAGAUACAACAACUGGAAUAGUUUUGGAUACAACAACUAUAAAAAGUUCAACUGAUAAAUCCACAUUAGGACUAUCAGCAAAAUUAGGUAUGGGUUUGGGUAUAUCGAUAAUUGGUGUUUUGAUUAUUAUGGAAAUAAUUUAUCUUAGUUGGAAAUAUGGAUUAUCUGGUAGAUCACGUCGAGAACAAUACGGAUUGUCUAGUACAGAGUAA